GGAAACCGAAUAGCUCGAUACGCUUAGCACACUGUAGGGUCCUGCUGUGAAACAAGGCCGGAGCCGAAAGUUUCAGGGCCACAAAAAUCGGUGGAGCAGUCACGACUGCUAAGAGAAAUGGAUAGUGAUUCUUCUAGCAGCACCAUCACCAGUUCCUCAUCAGAUUCCUCUGACCAGGAGAACCUCAAGAAAAAGGACAAGUGGUGGACAGAAGAGUGCCAGGAUGCUACCAAUGCUCUUCGGAAGGCACUGCAUGCCUUUAGGCGCGACAAGCGCUCCAGUUCCCUGAAACGCAAAUACAGAAAGGCAAAAAUGCAUAGAAAGCGGGUACUCCGAAAUGCAUACGACGAUUGGGCGAAGUCAUCACCAGCCAAGAGCAAAAAGAGCAAAGACAAGAAGGAAAAAAGAAACAAGAGGGCCAAAAAGAGCAAAUCUCAGACCGCCGAGCUGCUGAACAGCGAUGAUGAGCUGGACCUGGAGAAGAAGGUCUACCCCAUGGACCACUACAUCUCCGACAAGGCCGCCAUGCUGGAGCAGAUGUUCCACAUCAUCAGCGGCGAGAAGCUCAAGGCCAUGCUGCCGCCCGUGCUGAAGGAGCUGCCUCUGACGGAGCUGAAGAGCCUGUGUCUGGUGGAGCUGGUGAAGCUCUCCUCCGAUCAGGUGCGCGCCGUGCUGGCCGGCCAGCCGUGCCCGCCCGACGACGAUUCGGAGAGCGACGACUCUGAGAGAGGGACGAGCGGCAAGAACCAGCCUGACUCCACUUCCGUGGAACCGGCGGCGGGCAUUGCGGCCCAGAAACAGGAGGUGAGGCCCACCCAGCCGAAGGAGCCGGGCGCGGUGGCAGGCGCGGCACCCGCCGGGAACGCCCCCGCUGCAGCUGGUGGCGAGGAGAGCGACCUCACGCUGAUGGAGCUGCUCGAGCUGGAGAUGCGUGCUCGCGCCAUCAAGGCUCUCCUUGAGCGCGAUGACGAGCCUGGGGAAGGAGACGACAAACAGAGCGAGGCCGCCCCGCCGCCGCCGCCUCCGCCGCCGCCACCUCCCCCACCGCCCCCGCCACCGCCGGCAGCUGAGCCCUCGAAGUGGGCUCCCAUCUCUGGCGUGGCUACUGAUUCUAAAGAGGACCAGACGAAAGCUGACGUUGAUGAGCCAGAGAAGGAGGCGACGGACGAUGCCCAAACAGCCGCUGAUAAAUCAGAGUCGCCGGCGCCACCGCCGCCGCCGCCGCCUCCUCCUCCCAUCAUUCGCACGUACCGCAGUCGCAAGAGGUCCCCGUCGCGUUCAGCAUCGCGGUCAGCAUCGCGCUCCAAGUCGCGCUCGAAGUCGCGGAGUCGUAGCAGGAAGAGGAGCCGAAGUCGCUCUGGCUCCUCCCGCAGCCGUUCGCGGUCUGUCAGCAAGCGGCGCUCCUCGCGGCGCGCCAGUCGCAGUGUGAGUCGAAGUCGCAGCAGAAGUGUCAGUCGGAGUCGCAGUCGCAGCAGGGGACGCAGACGAAGCCGUCGCUCCUCACUGUCGAGCAUCUCGAGCCGCUCACUCUCCGGCUCGCGCGCCGGUCGCCGCCGCCGCCGCCGCCGCAGAAGCGUUUCUCACAGCAGCUCCAGCAGUUUCUCGUCUCGCAGUCGCUCGCGGUCGCGGUACAGGUCGUAUUCUCGGUCUCACUCGCGAAGCCGUGGGAGGAAGCGUCGUGCCCCGCCGGCCAUUCCCCCGGAGGCCAAGAAGAAGAAGAAGAAGCCUCGUCCACCGGCAGAGGAGCUGGAGGAGGGUGAGGUUAGCAGCGAGUAUGAAGAUGCUAGCGACCCGGAGCGAGAGGCCGAGGAGCGCCGGUGGCAGGAGUACGAGGGAGGCGCUGUCCAGCUGGAUUUCGUGGCGGACGACAAAGGAGCAGCUGAUGGAGAAAAGAAGGACGAAGAGAAGAGGACUGAUGCCGCGGCGAAGGACGAAGGAGACAACGUGGCGGAGAAGACGAGUGAGGUUAGUGAAGUGACUUCUGGAAAGGACUCUGAGAAGGACACAGAGAUGGCUCCGUCGACAAAGUCUACAGACGCGGAGACUGUGAAAGACACCGAAAUGACUGAUGUGACCGCUUCUGGUGAUAUUGAUGCUGAGAGAGACGCAGCUGCGAAAGCUGGGGCAGAUAACGGCAAUGCCACGCCAUCGAAGACACCAGCAGAGUCCGCACUAGCUUCGACUGAUCCUGGCCAAACUUCAUCUUCUGUUGAUGAAGCAACUCCGUCAACAUCCGCUGCUAGUCCAUCAAAGACGCCUGUCUCCCCGGCUUUGAGCAGAUUGCGAAAAGCUGCAGAUAUCGACAUGGAAUCCCCGCCAACGACGCCAGUCUCAUCGGAUGGGGACAUGCCUGUCAUUGGCUUUCAACAGGAUGAGUUGGGAGGCUUCAAAGCGCUGGAACGCCGAGCUUCGGAUCCUGAGAUCGGAAAAGAAGCGAAGGACGCCAGCGGAACCAAAGAAGACGAGAAAGACGCCAGCGCCACGACAGAAGAUCCGAAGAAAGAUGAGCGCGCUCCGGGAACUAGUGGUGAACAGCCUAGCCCUGAUGUCACUCCUGUCACAAAGUCAGCGAAGGGUAAGAAGAAACAAAAGAGGGGCAAGAAGCGCAACGAAGUGGAUGAAAGCAGCCCUCAGCCGCGAGAGAGCAACACCUCAGAUCAUAGCUCAUCUUGGAAACGACGAAAAGUAGGAAAUGAUGUACCUGUAGAGACAGCAGAUGAAACACUGGAAGCACCUCUGGCUGAUAAAACGACUGAGAUUGAAAGGGCACAGGAAAAGACACCUGAGCCCGAGAGCAAAGAAACUGAUGAAUCUUCACAGCAAGUCCCGGUGUCCACUCCGACCAGAUCGACAAGAACCAGAACAGCAUCAGUGGCUGGCAGCGACUCCGCGGAGUCAGCCGCCCCAUCACGGCGUUCGGGCCGCCUCAGAGGACGCCAGGCGAGCGAACAGAGUGAACCAUCCACGCCAGCCAGGUCCUCGAGUCGACGCCGAAACCUGAGUGCAAGUCCGGCACAAGCUAGCAAGAAAGCGUCACCAGGUGACGAGAAACCAGACGCGGACGCCGCUGCGCAGACUCCGGAUCCUCCUGAGAAACCCGCUGAGGUUCCCGCCGUGACGACUCGUUCAACACGCUCCAGUCCGCGCGGGGCCCGUCCGGCGGCGGUGGAGGCGCCGGCGACCCGGUCCAGGCGGACAACCCGAGCCGCCGCAGCCGAGGAGCCGCAGGUGACGAAGGCCCCGCCGCGAACUCGGCGAUCUGGGAGUAGACGGAGGGGUGCAGUGGAGGCGGAGACUCGUGAUGCCGAAGAGGAUGCUGAGAAGGAAUCUGGUGAGGCGACAGAAGAUGUGGAACGGAAGGAAUCGCUUUCAGAAGUAGAAGGCGAGUCGAAAGCGGAAGCUCAGGGAAAACCCGAAGAUGCCACAACAGAUGAAGGGAAAACGGAGGCUCAGACCAAGACGGAAGUUCAAACUGUUGAUCAUACUCAACCAGCGGUUGUCGCUGUUGACGAACCAGAAUCACAGAAGGAAACGAAGAGUGAGGAGGAACCGACGGCGCCGAACCAGUCUGAAGCAGAACCUGUUGACAAGUCUCAGGGGGCAACUGUCGUAGAAGCUGAAGAGCCACAGGUUCAAAAGACAACCGACCCAGAGACUGAUUCUCAGCCAAGAAUCGAGACCUCUGCUAAGCCAGAUGAAGACGCCAAGAUCGUCGAAAAAGAGGAACAAGGUAGAGGGAAGAGAAUCAAAGCAAAAGGAAGAAAAGGUAAGAAACAGACACAGAUAGCUGCUGAAGCUGACACUGCCAAGGAGGCUGAUGACGGGCAGUCAGAGGAAGCCCAUGAUAGGAGCGGUGCUGCCGCUGAUAAUCAGCAUGAGAAUCAGCCUGUACCAGAACAAGUUGUUGAACCCCAGGAAGAGCAAGCUCCACAGCGCAGCGAUGAGCCUCCCACUCAAUCCACCGAAGAACAGCCUGCAGGUGCGGUUUCUGUAGAGCCGGCCACGGACGCUCCCGCUGAUCCUGCACCAGCUGAGAAAGAUAAACCGGUCACCGAGUCUACAUCUUCUCCCUCAUCAUCAUCUCCUUCCUCUUCCGCUCCCAAACCAUCAUCGUCGGCGGCGCAGCAGGGACUGGGCUACUGGCGAGAGCUGGCGGCCGAGGCCCAGAGCCGCUACCUCGCCGAAGAGGCGGAGACGGAGCGGCUGACGCGCCAAGAAGAGAGUCGCCUGCAGGAACUGGAGCAACGCCUGGCGGAAGAAGAGGAGGGCCAAUCGGAGGAGAGCGGCAUGGCCGGUCAUACGUGGGCCGUGCGCUGGCUGCAGAGCGACAAGGUGCAGAAGGUGGUCAACACCAGCAAGGUCUACAGCAGGGUCAAGCAGAAGCUGAAGACGAUGAAGCGCUCUGUGGACCCGCCGCUGCCGCCGCCGGAGCCGAAGGUCAAGGAGCUCCCGCAGGUGAUCGGUAGCAUCGAGGAGUACGAGCGGCUGUUCGGCAAGAAGGUUGUGACGAGCGAGCCGGCGGCGCCUGCUGCCGCGGAACAGUCUGUGGCGGCAGUCCCACUACCGGUGGAACAACCUCAGCCACAUCCGCAGGGUGAGGUGUCGAAGCUCCCGCCGGCUAACGAGCCCAGUGACGAUGACGAUGACGAUGCCCUCUGGGGAGAUAUCAUGGGCGGGGAUGGUUAAGGCGAUGGAGAGCAAGGACAGUGAGAGACUAACGAGCGAGGGAGUCUACGUCACGUCCAUCUUGUGGUGUUAGCGUGAACGUCAAAGUAGUGACGUUUUCCUGAAGGUAUGUGUGAACGUAAAUGUGGUGUUCGAAGUGUGUCAGAGGCACGUCAGUAUCGCCGGAAUGGCGAGAGCUGUACGGGGAGUUAGGAAAGAAGCUGUGAACGAUUUCGUACGAUAGGUGCGAUGAGUUUGUAUGCUUGUCAGCUAGUAGCGUGAAACUCAGAGGUGAAGCUGUGGCCAUCGUCUUUGAUGCUCAUUUUUCAUGUCACUGGUGUACGAUUCCUCAAUGUAUUGUACGAAUACAGUGCGUCCACCGAAAUUUUAAA